GAGGCUUGCGGCAGUUGGUGAGAGAGGGAGCGAAGAAGCCCUGGUGGGGUUUUUUUUUUUUUUUUUUUUUUUUUUAAAUCCGUUCAACGAAGAAUUUAACUUUUUUGAAAAGUUGUCACUCUUCACAAACAAGCAGCUUAUUACUGGAUAUUUCCCGGAAUACACGUUCAUAUUUGUUUAAUCUGAAAGAGUUGCAUAUGAAGAGGGUAUCCUAGUUUCUUAGACAUUCUGUAAAUGGCUCCAGCCCUGACUGAAACAGCUACUGAUGGACAUGGGGUCCACCUGUCAUCUCCACUACCUUCAAGUGCCAUCGAACCAGACACAGCUAUCCUUGGGAAAGAAUCAGGAACAUCCCAACAGAAACUGAUGGGGAACAGUGACACACAAUCUACCUGGCUCAAGUUGACUUACCCACACUCUCCUAAUGGUUCCAGUGAUGACGUAAUGGGUUUAGAGCACACACCUUUUGGAUCCCCUAUAACUCACGCCUCGGGACGUUAUAAAACUGUUGUACUAGCUAGCACCAACUCUCUGUUAAAUCUGCUUUCCCUAAACAAGAACCUGAACGGGGGUAAACAUUCAAUCAUGAUGUGUCCAAGAGGUUCUUGCAAAGACUUCUCUGAUCAUCCAAAUGUUUUUUUUGUUUCAGUUCCAGGUAUUAAACAUAAAGUUGUUCCAAAAGUUUGUGAGAAAACAGGCCCUAAUUUUAGGCAGGAAAGUGUGCCAGAUGGUGACGCUGUGAUGAAUUCUUCUCAAAUGACAAACCGCAAGCACAGCGUAAGUGAAUCUGAUGCUUCAGCCAAGGGCCCAAUUACAUUCUUGACGCAGACCAAAAUAAACGAUUCAUUGGGGAGAGCACCGGCAUCACAUGACAGUGCUGUCAAAGUGGGUUUCAGUGCCAAGCAGUGGGAUUCAGAUGGAGCAAGAGAUCUGUUACUUACCAAUUCCACAGCUGGGAAAGAAACUAUAACUAACAGCCAGCUGUUUCAGUGCCUCACCAAGCACCAAAAUCUCGUGAAUCAGGCCAACAAAAUACAAAAACGCUUACAGAUUCUGCUAGGGGAGCAUGCUGCAGAACACUGCAGUAACCAGAUUGGGGGGCUGGUAGAUCAUCAUCUCCGAUCAAAAGCCUUCCGCAGCUCAGCUGGGACCGGGCCCACUUGUAGCCCUUUAGUAAACAAUUCCUUUGAUCAUUCUGAAGUGGAGCAGGGUCCUUUCAAAAGCAAUCAAAAUGGUUCCAUGCCAACAAGCUGUACUUUAGAAGUCCAGGAGUUUGCCUGCUCAGUUCAAGCAGUGCUCUCCCGGGUUGAAGAGACUCUGGACUCUGAUGCCACUGGCAGCAGUUCGGAUGAGGAAUGGGACCAAGAAUUAGCACCGGGGAAAAGGAAUUUGCCAGUUAAUCACACUUGUGAAUGGAGAUGGCUCUCAGAACGAGCUGAAAUUGGCAGUCGUUGGACAUGGCUUCAAGCCAGAAUAUCUGAUCUUGAAUAUAAAAUCCAACAGCUUAGUGACCUCCACACACAGAUACACUCCACAAAGGGGAAAGUAAUCCUGGAAGAUUUCCAGCCCUUAAGUGACAGGCUGAUUCGGCAGAUGCUAUUGACAGAAACUCCAGGUCUAUUGAACACUGCCAGAGACAAUACAACCCCUGCAGAGAAAGAGGAUUGUUCCUUAGAACAUGAUUUUGAAAUGGAACCAAGCAGCCCUACUCGCCUCCUCAGAAAUAUAGAGAGACAGAGUGCCCAGCUUACAGAAAUAGUCAGCAGUUUGAUACCACCUCUCAGUUUCUCCCCCUGUUCCUCUUCUGUCUCAUCCAAACCAUGCAGUUGGAAAGGACAGUCAAAAAGCAAAGCAGAAAGCAGAGAUGUGUUUUCUAAAAGAAUUAGCUGCGUCUCUGGCCAGCACAGUAUUAAAAAGCGCCGAGUUAGUAAAAGAAAACAGAAACUUCCCCAUAUAAACAGCACAUGUGUGUCAGCCAGAACAAGGCCCCUUCGGACUUACCAGAAACACAGACUCUUCACUUUAGACUCUCCUUACCAGUUUGGUCAAAAGGCGCAGUUACCUCCAGCUGCCCCAUGUCAAUGUAACAGUUACUAUGAUCACCACUGUGAGUCCGUAAGAAUGACAAAAACGGAGCAGAUGGGACUGCUGGAAUCGUCCUUUCACCCUGUACUGUCAGUAUCGUCAGAUGUUCCUCUGCCUGUCCAUCUGCACACAUUACUGCAACAGGAGGAUUGGGUGAAGCGGCCAAUUCCACCAACAAAGGAUGUCAAACCUCCAGUCUUUACCAGCGGUGGAAAUGAGAUGCCUGCUUUCACAACAUUGAUUGAUUGUGAGGAUCAUUAUUCAAAACUUCAUGGUUGGGCUGGUCAGUCAGCUAUCCAUACACUUCCAAACGGUCAGGGAACACCAAGACAGCUAUAUAGGGAAGGAGGGAAAAGAAAAUAUACUCGUGAGGCAGUGCAGGAUGAAGAAGCUUUUCUGACCCGACUGAUGAAGCCUCCCUUUCACCUACCUCCCUAUCCAGAAGAGAGUGCUUCUCAUAUCAUAACAUCCAAAUCCACACUGUCCCAUAAACAACCCACUCAGAACUCUGCAAGGAGACGCCUUCGAAGUGAGUGCUUCUAUGACAUUGACAAUAUUGUGAUUCCUAUGUCACUAGCUGCAACCAGUAAGGUCGAGAAGCUGCAGUAUAAGGACAUUGUCACUCCAAGCUGGCGAGUUGUUGACAUUCAGCCUUUAGAGGGGAUUCAUUUUGAAGAAGGAGAGGCGGAAGACCUAUCAGAUCAGCCUUUUUUUUCAAGGCAUGUAAAAUGUGAAGAAAAGGAAAAAGCAAGGUGGACCUUUUGGGAGGAAAACAGAUGGCAUAGACAAAAUAGCAGGUCCUCCAGUAAAAACACAGACUGCACUCUGUAUCCUUUACAUUCCCCAUGGAAUUGUACACCUGGGGCCACUCAGAACAUGCCAUCCACACAAGGAGACUGCACCUGCCGAAGCACAGCUCCCAGUUCAUCUGGCCUAGAGGAGGAUGACCAAGAUGAAAAAUUUAUAUUGCCUUGGAAAAGCAGAAGUUUUCCUUUAGAUGACCAAGAAGUUGAAUCCUUAAAGUCCCAGAAAGUGUCACCGUUUGAGGAACAGACCUCACAGCACAUAAGAACUUUUUCCUGCAGUUCAGAUGGUGGGCUGUAUGAGAACACAUCAGGAGCCUCUGCUUGUACCACCAUUGCACCACCUGCUGGAGAUCCACUGCAUGUUCCCAUGGAGGAACGCCAGACUUCCAGUGGAUGUCAAAAUAGUAUACAGAAUACUGUUUCCUAUGAGGCAGACAGAAAGCAGAAGGGAUAUCACACUGAUAUGCUAACAAUGAGCUUGAGUGGAAGUGGACAGCAGGUAGACCAGGAUCAAGCAGUGCUAUACCAACAUGUUUCUGGUAUUCUAACACUUUAGAAGGAAAUGUAUUCAAAUGCAGUUUAACUUUUGUACUGUAUUGUCUUUUUAUAUUGUAAAAUCUGUUUAUUUUAGCAGUAUUUAGAUUUUAAUUUUUUUUAAAUUUCUGUACUAAAACAAGCUGACAUCUGUUUUCAUUGUCAGCCGUUCUGUUACAGAGAAAUGUGAAGGAUUACUAAGGACUGCUGGGAGUCCGUGUAGAUUUUACACCACUAAUUGGUCCUAAUACCAUGAUCACAAUUUUCCUUGAAGACUAUAUAUAUAUAUAUAUAUAUAUAUAUAUAUAUAUAUAUAUAUAUAUAUAUAUAUAUAUAUAUAUAUAUAUUACACAUUACAUUUAGGUAUAUGCUGGUUUAACUUGACACAGUACUGCAUUCUUUAAAAUUCUGCAGACUGACACUAUUGGCAAACAUACUGACAUAUUAUCUCGCUGAAAUUCUCCCCAAAUACCACCAUCUGCUGUUAGCACGUUUGGACUAUUUUAAAGCAAAUCGGUAACCAUGUCACAUCCCUUGGUGUUUCUUUGUUGUUGCAAUGUGUGUGCACAGACUUUUGUUCAGUAGUAGCCUCUUGCAUGUCUUUUCUCUACCUGCUUGUUUUCUGACAAUAAAUAGUGGUCAGAAAUGACUAGUUACAGAAAAUGUGUAAGAAUUCAGAUAUUGAGUAUUUGUUUUUGUUAUUUUUGAUUUUUGAUCUCGGGCAAAUUACUGAGCCAUAGAUAUGUACAGAUAAAAGAUAUACAUUUUUACAAGAAUAAGC